AAUGUCUUUAAGCUGUAAGGAAGUUUAUUUGCAAUAUUUAUUUUACCUCUAAUUGUAACAGUAAGUACCAAGCUGUUACAGAAAGAAAGAUUGAUUCAGGAAAGGAAGAAAAGAAAUAAAUGGUUUAAUAAAUGGAAGUUGUCAGUAAGAAAAUGAAUGAAGACAAAAAAGUCAAAGGCUUUUUCAUAUUUAGCCGUAUUGUGUCUUUCAAACUUGUCUCCUAACUACAAAUUCCAUUCGGUGUCUGUAACUUGCUAGAUGGAGGCUGAAUCUUGUCUCAAACGUAGCCAGCCUCCUAUAUUCUAUCCCGAAUCAGUAACCUCGGGUAUUCUCAUAUCUCUUAAACUUUACUCCUCUAGCAAUAUUUUAUCCAUCGUCAGAAAUUCUUUGUAUCGUGUGUCAGACACUUGAGCUUCCUGUCUGUAUUUAUUCCACUGCCGGUAGCUUCUUGGUGGUAAGGUUACAACUCACCAGGCGUUAGUUCCAUAAGUCCUUCUUGUGUCAGAAAGUUUGGAUAAACGCAAAUAAGUUUGAGGUUCCUGAAAAGAUGUACCGUUCUUUCAUGGCUAGUGCAACCGAUACUGUGUGAAGGGAUGUGGGAGUUUACAGUUGUCUCCUCGGCCAUUUCUGCGCGCGCUACCAUCCCGUGCAAGCUCAACUCAGACAUCGUGCAAGCAGGGCCACUCUGCAAAGGUUUGAUCAAUAUAAUAACAAUUCUGUUGCUUUUUUUCGUUUUUCCAUCUCUGUAUAUCAUUAGCGACCCAACAAAUUAGCCAGCCAAUCAGGAAACGGCAUGGCGUGCUUUGGGCAAAUCAGUUUUUGUUCCGAGCCUUGAGCCUGAUAUAAGAUGUUUCCCGCAGUCCGUGUGACACUCAGCUUUGUCACCAUCUUCUAGCUUCCUUGCUAAAGGACCUCGGCAAAGGUUUUGUUGGUCCUGUUUGUCAGCUGACCCGGAGCAGCAAGCAGGCUAGGCGCCAGGUGGGUUUCACAAAUAAUAAUAAUUAAAACAAAAUCGCUGCCUUCGUUUUGUGUACCAGAGAACUCACGGUACCAGUUACAUUCAUCUGCCAUACCAUGGAGGAUUAAAAGCAUAAAGGUCAGAUAAGGAAAUCGUGAUCUGCCUGGACAUUGCCAUCGAUUUGCCGUCAAUAACAUGGUUUCCACUGGCAACGACCGGCUCUUCGCCAAACAAAAGAUCGACGUCUACAUGGGGGAUGUGAAGCCAGUUUUCGACUGAAUUCAGUGGCAAAUACGAUCGACCUCCUGUGUGGAUCACGAGCUCGUCUGCAAGUGCAUUGUGAGCCUGCUCCACUGCUAGCGGAUGCGAUGCACUCAGGAAGAGAGUGAGGGAAGGUUGAAAGGUCUGUGAGCUUCUGACUGGAGAGACGCAGCGACGCCGUCUGUGAGCUGCUUCCGGAAGUCUAGGUCGAUCUGUCGAGCCCCUACUCCGGACCCCAGUGAUCACAGGACCGUGUCUAAUGCUUUGUAAAAAGAGACAAAUUAGCAAUCGUUUUAGCAAAAAUGCGCUUUCAAAAAAUCAGCAUUCAUUUUCAAAAUUAAUCUUCUGACUUUUCAAGACGAAAAGCGGAUUUUUCAGUGGGACAUGUUUUAUGAUUUACGAAUCAAUGUUCCAGUUGGCUUGACAUUUUUUAUUUAUUUAUUUAUUUAUUUAUUUUGGUUCCAGCUUCCUGUGGAUUUUUCAGAUGAAAUUCAUUGUUCUGUAGCACACCUGCCUGUCAAAGCAUACAUCUUCCACAGUUUUUCACGGACAUCCCGGAGUCUCACUGUUUACAGAGCAGGCUACUUUGCCGCAAAAUACAUUAGCUGGCUUAAAGUAAAACAUCAAUCAUCAUCACCACCCUAAUACACACACACUGUAAGUAGUCUCUACGCAUGGCUAACUUCACCGGCUGGAAGACACCCAUCGAGCUCAGCUCCAACAUGGGCCUCCCAAUCGUUCGGUGGAUUUUGCGGACUUCCGCACACCUGGGCCGUCUGGUACCGUGGUAGGGGGAGGUCACCAAAGGCCCCCGCACAACACGCGGGAUCCCGAUCAGGUGCUGGCGAAAGAAAGCGAGCUAUCUCUCGUCCUGGACUGCGGUCUUCUGCCAGCCCUGGCCAUGGUGGGGGUCGCUGGGAAUUGCUUGUGUGCUGUCGUCUUUCUCAGACAACGCUACAGGCCUGUCGCCGCUCCGCUCCUGCUGGCUCUCUGUUUCUCGGAUACUGGUUUCCUGCUGUGCACGCUCCUAGUGAGACUGUCCUGCCUGGUGGGCAAGGUGGACCGAAGGACCGGCGCCAUGUUACACGUCAUCAUGGCGCCCCAGGUGGACGUCCUACGUGAAGUCAUGGCUCACGUGACCGUACUGUUGACGUCGGCCAUCGGGAUGGAGCGCUGCGUGGCGGUGACGCGGCCCUUCAAGCUGCGCGCCCUCUGCAUGGCGGCCCGCAUCCGGACCGUGGUGCUGACGCUGUAUGGGGCGGCGUUGGGUGCCCUCACACCUGCCUUCUUCCAGCACCGCGUGACGGCGCGCACGGAACCCGACCUCAACGUCACGGUGUACAGUCUGCGCGAGACGACCUUCUAUCGACACAACCACGCCGUCCUGGACUUCUACCUCCACUUCCUGUUGCCUCUCCUCUUGCGUGUGUUGCCCUUUCUAGGCACGUGGGUAUGCCUCGUCAUCAUCCUUGUCAGCAUACGGCGGCGGCUGCGCCUGCGCACUCGCCCUUCGCCACCUCACCACCACCGCGCGCGGGUCACCAGCAGCGAGCGGGUAGAUACUGCGGACAAUGGUGACCUGGUACUGGAAGAGAGGAACAUCACAAAAGCCUGCCUCGUCCUCCUUUUCACCUACGCCCUUUGCGAACUUCCGGGACUAGCUGUACGGAUUCUCGUAAUGCUGCGCCCUCAUCUGCAGAAGAAUCCCCAUGAUGAUCGGGUGGUAGGGAUUGUCCAAGAUGUAGCUUGUCUUUCCGAAGUCAUCAAUUCUGCCAUCAAUUUCUUUGUUUUCUUGAUGACAUCUAAACAUUUUUGUGUCACAUUUGGUAAGCUGACAGCGAUGUGCAGAGAAUAAAACGCGAUGAUAAAUGUGUCCUUGAAACCACUGAGGUUUAUUUGUGACAGCUGCUUUGGCGUGGUGCUGUCAACAUUAGAAUGUUUGUAAAACGCAAUAUAUUUCGAUUUAUUUGCCGAAAGAAGAGUAAAGCUGCCACAUCUGUCAUCGCUGACAAAGUCGCCUUUCUGCCCCACAUCUUCGUCGAAUCAAAUGUCCAGUGCAACCGACUGAACUGCCGUUUGGUGUGACUUGCCGAAACACUUCAAAGCGGCCGAUAUGCCUUGCAUUUGACCUCCGCCUAAUUCCUUGACCUUUUGUGUCUGUAUGUGGAUGAAGUUUAGCGGUCUAAUCACAACCGGGUUUGGUCGGGGCAAAAUUAUUUUGAAUAAAAUCAAAAGAGCUCUAACCCUUUUACGGUGUUUUGUUCCUUUACUGUAGAACUGCGAGGUUAGUCCGUAAAGCAUUUGAACUGCACACUAUUCGCAUUGUCUGCUUUCAACAUAUCGAAAUAGCCACCUUACCACGCACAUUUACUUGUCCUGCGAUAUUGGUCAGGGAGCUUUCUCUGCCUUUUUACAAACGGCACUGCCUCAUACGGCCAUGGCGAGUACACGUUGGAAUGUCUGUAAGGCAGGCUGUCAUAGAGAUGGAAAGUCUCUCUCUCACACACAC